CAGACCGCCACACCGCCUCCAUCACUACCACCGCUGGUGUCUGCAGACCACCCCAAGCAACAAACAGAAAUGGCUCCUUAUGAGAAAUCCAUGGAGUUGAUGCCCUUUAAGCAAAGGAAAUGCCUCGAAACGAGAAAAGAUGAAGUAUGCAGCAUUCGGUCGAAAUUUCCCAACAAGUUGCCUGUGAUUGUUGAACGUUACAUGCGGGAAAAGACUCUCCCCCUUUUGGACAAAUCAAAGUUCCUGGUUCCCUUCGAACUCACUUUGGGUCAGUUCCUCUGCCUGCUCAGGAAUAAAAUCGCCCUGGACUCCACCCAGGCUCUGUUCCUCCUGGUGGCAGAGAGGAGCAUGUCCUGCAUGUCUUCCAGCAUGGGGGAGGUUUAUUCCCGACACAGCGACACUGACGGCUUCCUCUACAUGACAUACGCCUCGCAGGAGAUGUUCGGAGCACCUCGACAAGAAGCCAGGCCGCCCUGCUGAGCCUCAAACACGUAAAAUGAACUGAAUUGACAGUGGUGACGCCACACGACCAAACUGGAAGGAAAAAGAGCCAAGCAGAGACUGUUUUUGUCCAGUUUUUUAAAGCCCAGAAGUGCAUAUCAGCCUACCUCAUGACACUCAUUUCUUCAUGCUCUGCAACCUCAGCUCAACAAAACCGGACUGGACUGGAUCCUGAUCCUGAUUCUGAUUCCAGAUGUCUUUGUUUAAGACAGAUUGAUUGUUUGAUUGGCAAGUCAAUACAGAUGUUAUAUGUCUUUAUUUGUCAAACAAGUCCAUAUCUUUGCCUCAGUUAUCUCAGAGACUUUGAGCAUCAAUUCAAACAAAUCGCUCACAGAGGGGUCAAUGUCUUGCUGCAUAAUCAGACUCCUUUUUUAAGCACUUAUCUUCCCCCUUCUCCUCUCCUGUCUUUAAUUUAUCCUUGUCCCUUCAAAAUGUGAAACUGUGUUACGGACUCUUGAGGCACUCUGCUCUGAUUUGUUCUGUCUCCAGCUGCAAGUAUAGCAGAA